AUGCUUCCUCUUUCCCUCGUCCUCACUCAGGCGGCCGCGCAGCUACCAGGCCCAUCAUGGCGGAAACCGAGUAUCACAACCUCGCUCACGGACCGGAUCAGCCUCGCCCAAGGGGCCAUCUCGCAAGCUAUCUCGCAGCUGGAUAGCACGAACUUUAUGUUUCCCGAUCCAGCCCACUCUUACCCGCGAUCCGGCACGCUCUACUCUCAACUCGCGGAGUUCGACCAGCUCACCAACCAGUCGCGGUACGCUGCUGAUCUGGGAGGGUAUUAUGGCUCAGCGCAGACGGUGCUCGACAACAUGGGAAUGAAAAACUUCUCGGGCUUCAAUGUACGUCGUUCGUUAACAUCAGGUAGAAUGACGAUAAUACUAGGACUUGGUUGA